GAAAACCAACGCCAGCACCUCUUCAUCAACCUCCGAUCCGAUGCUGUCCGCCAUUUGCGAUUCCAUGCCCUGCCCUGGCAAAAGUGCACCGACCUUGGCCGGCAAUCGUGGUGGCCAAGAGUUGGCGCAUGCUUGGACUCUUGGCGGCCGUCUUGGCUCGCAUUAAUUCGAGGGGAUGGCAGAUUGGAACUUGUAUGUCCCUCUCUUGGCGGGUGUGCCAAGUUACAUCUCUUGGCGGGUGUGCCAAGUUACAGCACAAGCACGGGCAGGUUACAGGCGACACCAGCGGUACCCCUCUCUUCAGCGCCCUCACAGGACUCACAGGCCUCAGAAUCCUUGGAUCCGCCACCGUCUCUCGCUUGACAGAAAUAUCGAGACGAUAUAUCUGACGGUUCAACAACGAGCUUGUAUAACAACAAGUAACAAGGGGAAGGCAACACUGAAGAAACACGGCCACCGCACGGAGCGACGUCGUCAACAUCCCCCGUCCCCCGGCAGCCCCAAAACCCCGAUUCCCAAAAAAAAGUUCAACGGCGGUCGGCGGUCCCGGUCCACAGUCCUCCACAGUCCAUCUCCAGGACCCUCCUUGUGGACACCCAUACCGGUACACGUACACACCACCCCAGUGCAUUCGCACUCCAUUCAUCCCUCUUUUUCACUUCAUUUGUUUCUGUCUGGAUUUCCUGUUCCUGUUCCUGUCCAACUUUCUCAGUCCUGUGACGCGGCCACGCUUCCCUUUUGCAUUUGGAUUCCCACUUUUGCGACCACUUCGACUUUUUCGAUUCGGCCACUCCUUCGACAAACCCGUACCUCUACCGUUAGUAUAAUCCAUACAGACAAGAGAAAUACCGACCGACGUCGACUAGUACGGACGGAAUAAAAGACGGACAGACAAGAGAGACCCCCUUUCGAUGCCCCGCCUACGCCUACAACGCCGUCCUCGAUAGCGCCCGCCCGCCAUCUACUACCCCCUAUCCCUAGCCCGUUUCUUCUAGCUCCGCCCGGCCGCGUGUACCUCGAUCCGGCCGCGUGUACCAGAUCCGCAUCUUUUUUAUGCUUUGCCGGUCCCGCCUCUCCGGUCAACCACUCCCGACUUCUACUU